AACAAUUCUCCCGGUCGCGCGAUUUGCAGUGACAGAGUAGCAUCAUUUUGUUCCAGCAGCCGCCGGGUUUUUGCGCCACCGCCAGCAACUAGCCGACGCCGUUCAACCCCAACGGAUAACCUUCAGCGCUGCCCAGCAAAGGCCAACCCAUCGCCUCCGGUUGACCACCCCACCUAGCCUCAAAUCCUAGAGAUCCACCGUUCCGCUGCCCACAACUAACGCAGGCCCCCACGCCCUGCGAUUUGGUCCUUCGUCGCCUCCUUUUGACACCAGCCCGCAACAGUCCAGGCGGAUCAUCAUCACCCAUAUAAGUACCCAAAGCCCAAAUAAAGCCGCGUGAAUGGAUUCAGCACCCACACCAGCACCAAGAACAUCACUCCGCUCGCAGGUGUUUGUGGCCGCUAGCGACCGCGGGGGGCGCCCAAACCUUGAUUAUCAGAAGUGCCGAGUUUGCGCGCGUCACCACGCGCUACGAACAUGCCCGCUCUUUAGAAGGAUGCAGCCAGCGCAGCGGUACUUGUUGGCGCGGGCCCAUAACUACUGCACCAACUGCCUGGCACUGUCGCACGCUACCAGCGAAUGCACAUCCCAGAUCACGUGCAGGAUAUGUGCACUGCCGCACCACACGAUGCUUCAUCGGGCCCCGCCGCCACCGCAGCCGCAUCGCCGUACCACAGCACCUCCAGCUCAAACACCUCCGACACCUGCAUCCCGCUCAAACGCAAAACAAAAUCGUCGCAACCCACCUACCCAGGCCGCUACCCAUCGCUACAAUCCGACUGCAGCCACCAUUACACAACCACGCACCGUCAAAUGUUCGGCAACAGGGCUCCAUACCGCUGCAUUCCGAGAAAAGACGGCAAAUCGGCUUAUGGAUGAGGCCAUUAGAGCGCUGGAGCAGUUGAAAGUGGCACUAGCCGUCUAGCGCGCCUAGGCGGGGCAGGAUGUUCAAGUGAGUGACUAGCGCACGCACCCCGCAUUAACCAUUCGUAUUUAUUGAAGUAUCUAGACUUGAAUUAUUUCUAUGAAAUGUAACUUUUUUGAACUAAUAAUUAGCUCGCAACGGGAACACCCCUAACAGCCAACCGGGUAGUUGGCAACGCGUGCGCUACUCGCUCACUUGAACGAUCACCAGCUGUCAAAGCAACAUAUGUAUACAUACAUAUAUAUCUUCUCUUGUCGAAAAACCACACGAUUUUGAACUGUGGCACUUGUUUUGGUAUUGUACUUAAAGUUAAA